AUGGAGGGAAGUAAAGGAAAGUCCAAUCCAAAAUCAUCAUGUGGCGAAAAGUCUGAGCAAAGGACGCCUCUCACUUUCACUAUAUCUGAAAAACACAAGAUGCAGCUUCGAGAGGCGUUUGAUUUUUUUGACUCAGAAGGAGCUGGACGAAUUAAAGCUUUAGAUGUGAAAGUAGCACUCUGUGCUCUUGGUUAUGAUGUAAGUAAAGAGGAACUGGCGCAUUUGCUUAAACAGGUUGGUGGUUCCAUCAAUAGUGCAGUAGAUUUCAAUGAAUUCUACAGUGUUCUUCUAGCAAAAAUGAUGCAACGUGAAAAUAGGUCAGAAGCAGUUCGGGCAUUUCGUCUGAUAGACGAAGAUGAGAAAGGAUAUAUUACCAUAGAUGACCUGCGCCCAAUUGCCGAUUCAUUAGAUAUGGAUUUAACAGAUGAUGAACUCGCAGAGAUGAUUCUCUUUGCUCAUCCAUCCGCAGCAUUUGGAAAAAAUGAAAAUGAGAUCAAGGAACCACUUACUGUUAGUGAAGAGGAGUUUUUGAAACUAAUGAGCCGUGCUCAUGUAUAUUAG